AUGGAUGUUGAUUCGAAACCACUCAAUUCACAAGACAAUGUUGAAGAUUGCUUGAUGACUGGUAUGGAAGAGAAUGUAAACUGCACUUGUGAUUGUGGUGGCAGCAGUAGCAAGUGUGUUGUUGUGACGGCCGAUAAUAUUAUAAACCAGACAUUUGAAACAUCGGAUGCGGCUUAUAACUUGUAUGUGCGUUAUGCAAGGUGUGUUGGGUUCGGAGUUCGUAAGGGUGAUACAGCGCGUGGAAAAGAUGGAACACAACACAGAAGGCCAUUUUUUUGCAACAAGGAAGGAAAGAGAGCUGAGAAAUACAUCUGUAAUUCGAAAAGGAAAAGGGAGCAUAAAGCGCUGACUCGUACGGGUUAUGAAGCCAUGCUUGCGGUGUACUUUGACACCAAAACUUUAGCUUGGAGAGUUAAAAAAUUAGUUGAGAAGCACAACCACGAUCUUGUCCCCCAAUGUUUGGUACACCUAAUUCCAAACCACCGCGGGAUGACUGAGGCUCAAAAAGCUCAGGUGAACAUCAUGCACGAUAAUGGUCCACCAACCUCUAAAAUAAUGGGACUAAUGGUAGGCCAAGUCGGGGGUUAUGCUAAUGUUGGGUUCACAAAGAAGGAUCUGGAUAACCACAUUGAAAGAACUCAUCGUGCAAAGCUCAUUGGUGGGGAUCCUAAUGCAACAAUUAGCUAUCUACUUGGAAAGCUGAUGUUGACCCCAUGGCCAUGGGUGGAUUAUCAGUGCUUUGGAGAUGUGCUUGCAUUUGAUACAACCUAUCAGAAGAAUAAGUACAGAAGACCAUUGGUAAUCUUCUCGGGUUGUAACCAUCACCGUCAAACAUGCAUAUUUGGCUUUGCCUUGAUAGAGAACGAACAAACGAAAACAUAUAUGUGGUUGUUGCAAAACUUUCUAGAUGUCAUGCUGAACAAGUCUCCUAGUGUUGUGGUCACAGACGGUGAUGAGGCAAUGAAGGCAGUAAUUCAAGAAAUUUUCCCAAAUGCAACUCACCGAUUAUGUGGUUGGCACAUUCAGAAAAAUGUAACGGCAAACAUAAAAAGCAAAGGUUUUUCCGACGACUUCAGAAGAUGUUUAACAACAUCAAGGUGUGAAGGGAUAAACAACUUCAUCAAAAGGUUUAUUAGCAUUCGCCAAAGUCUUUUAGAGCUGGUCCAGAAUCUUGAAUAUGCUCUUAGGGAUUAUAGACACAACAAACUAGUUUCUCAAUUUAAGACGGUGUACGGCUGUGUUAACAACUCGCUUAGCUGCAUUGGAGCUUUGUGUUGCAAAUUUUUACACACGGGAGAUUGUGACAGAGGGCAACAUAUAUACACCGUACUUUAUGAGCGCAACACCGAGAAUAUGGAGUGUGAAUGUAGUAGGUGGAGUAGUGAAGGCAUUCCUUGUAGCCACAUGUUUUGUGCCAUGAAAAGGGUAGGUUUACAGAAGUUUUCAGAAAGUCUUCUUUUGAGAAGAUGGUCCAAGGAUGCCAAAAAGUAUCUAGAUGAAAGUUCAGUUGGAAGCACUGUGCAAGAUAGAGAAAGAGAAUUUUUAAUGCGCUAUGGCGCAUUGUUAGUGGCAGCUACAUAG